ACUAUAAAUUCAGCCGCUUUCAGUUUCAGUUUCAUCACAUUAUUCUUGAGCUAAGUAGCGCAAAAUUACAAAAGAUACAUAUAAAUCAGUAUCCUAGAGAGAGAGAGAGAGAGAGAGAGAGAUUUAUCGAAGCAAUGAUAGAAUUGGGAGACAUAUACAAAGUAAUAGUGGCGAUGGCGCCGCUGUAUGUGGCGCUGGGGCUCGGCUACGCCUCCGUGAAGUGGUGGCGGAUGUUCAAGCCCGACCAAUGCGACGCCAUCAACCGCUUCAACUGCUACUUCAUCAUCCCCUUCUUCACCUUCCAGUUCACUGCCGGCGUCGACCCCUACGCCAUGAACUUCCGCUUCCUCGCCGGAGAUGUCAUCGCCAAAGCCAUCGCCGCCGCAGCAUUAGCUCUCUGGGCCAAAUUCGACAAAAAGAGCGACUUUUCUUGGGUCAUAACUUCAUUCUCCCUCUCCAGCUUCAACAAUACGCUCGUCGUCGGAGUGCCCUUGCUGAAGGCCAUGUACGGCGCCGCCGGCGAGGAUCUGGUGGUGCAGUCGUCGGUCAUGCAGUCUCUUCUUUGGUUCCCGAUUCUCUUGUUCAUGCUCGAAUUCCGGCAUGCCAGCUGCUCCCACGAUGUUAUUGACGACGAAAAACCGCAGCAGCUGUCUAUAGACGCAGAUAAUUCAAAUUCAAAUUCAAACAGUAUGAUAGUCGUGGUUGUCGAUGGUGCUGCUGAGGGCGGAGCUGCGGCGCCGCCGCUGAGUAUGAGGUCCACACUCAAGAAAGUUGGCGCCAAGCUUGGAAAAAAUCCGAAUUGUUAUGCUUGUGCGCUUGGCGUCAUUUGGGCUCUCGUGGCAAAAAGGUGGGAUUUUGAAAUGCCAAGCAUAAUGGAAGGAUCGAUUUUGAUAAUGGCUAAGGCAGGGAGUGGGGUGGCCAUGUUCAGCAUGGGGUUGUUCAUGGCGCUGCAAGAGAAGGUAAUAGCUUGUGGUGUGCGGCUUACCAUAUACAGUAUGGUUUUGAGGUUUAUGGGUGGCCCACUUGCUACUUCCGUCGGCUCUCUUGCUUUAGGCCUUCGUUCCAAUACGCUUCGUAUUGCUAUUGUGCAGGCAGCUCUACCACAAGCUAUCGCCUCUUUCGUGUUUGCAAAAGAGUAUGGCUUGCAUGCUAACGUACUCAGCACUGCGGUCAUUUUUGGCACAAUCGCAUCUCUUCCACUAUUGAUAAUGUACUACGCCAUAUUAGAUAUGCUGCGUUGAUAAUUCCACAUCAAGUUGAAGAUUAAUUAUGAUCGAACAAGCUAAAAUCAACUUAAUUACUUUGUUAUAAUCAAUUUAGAUUGAUUGAAUGUAAAGUAUGUAAUCCAUUUGUCUCUAGUGAUUAUACUACUAUAUAGAAAAACAAUCUAUUAUUACAUUA